AUGGCGAUGCAAGCUUUGCUUUCGUAUGGAUCUGGCAGUGAUCAGAGUGAAGAUGACGAUGCUACUGAGCCUACACAAGGCGAUCCUGCUGAUUUAAAGAGACAUCUUGAACCACUUGAAAGUGGGAAGUCAAUUUCGACGUUACACACAACAUUGAGUCUGAAUGCCGCCCCGAUUGUGGCUUCAAAGUAUGAUGUGAACCAAGUUGUGCCUAUUGACCCAACCACCAAGGAAUUAUCAUUUAAUCCAAAAUUUGACCAACUCUAUGCUCCAACGAUUGGUCCAGCUAAUCCAAAUCAAACCCAGCAGCAGAUGGCUCAUAAGAACAUGUUGUCAGGAUUCGCAGAGCCAAGUCACUUCAAUAACUUUCAGUUUGAGACUCAGAGGAGAACUUUUCACAGCUAUGGUUAUGCCGUAGAUCCAUCUGCAGAAAACCCAGUAGGGGAGACUGUUGUUGGAGAUAAAAUCAAGUCCGAUGAAACAAAAGGUCUGACUGUAUUCGAAGCGGCAAGUAAAAGACCAGGAGACAAGAGAAAGCGAGUGAAGAAUACAGAUCCAUCGGAUAUUGAGGGCUAUCUUGGGCCAUGGGGAAAAUAUGUGGAUGAGAAGACAGUUAUGCGACCAUCAGAGGAAGAGAAAGAAGCCCUCGAUGAGAUCUUGGCAAAGAGAAACAAAAAAGGAAAACAAGUUGAUGAAAAGCCAAUGGAAGAGAAGACACAAUUACACAUCAAAGAUGCAUACGAUUACCAGGACAGAUCAUUCCUUCAUAUUCCCCAGGACACAGGUGUCAACCUCAAGUCAGAAGAUCCGCCAGAGAAAUGUUUCCUCCCAAAAAAAGUCAUACACACGUGGUCUGGUCAUACGAAAGGUGUUGCUGCCAUUCGGUGGUUCCCAAAAUCAGCUCAUCUGUUAUUGUCGUGUGGUAUGGACUGUAAGGUUAAGAUUUGGGAAGUGUAUAAUGACAGACGAUGCAUUCGGACAUACCAUGGUCACAAACAGGCCGUCAGGGAUGCAUGCUUCAAUAACAGUGGGGAAAAGUUCAUCAGUUGUGGUUAUGAUAGGUUUUGCAAACUCUGGGACACGGAAACUGGUGAAUGUAUAUCACGGUUCACGAGCCGGAAAGUGCCAUACUGUGUGAAAUUCAACCCUGAGGAAGAUAAACAGCAUCUUUUUGUCGCUGGGACGUCUGAUAAAAAGAUUGUGUGUUGGGACAUCAGAUCUGGUGAGAUUGUUCAGGAGUAUGACCGCCAUCUUGGUGCUGUGAAUACAAUCACGUUUGUCGAUCAAAAUAGACGAUUUGUGACGACGUCUGAUGAUAAAAGUUUGAGAGUUUGGGAAUGGGAUAUUCCUGUAGACUUCAAGUAUAUUGCAGAUCCAUCUAUGCACUCCAUGCCAGCAGUCACUCUGUCACCUAAUGGAAAAUGGCUAGCUUGCCAAUCCAUGGACAACCAGAUUGUGAUUUUCAACGUGUUAAACAGAUUCAAGUUCAUGAGGAAGAAGACAUUCAAGGGACACAUGGUCGCCGGCUUUGCUUGCAACAUAGACUUCUCACCAGAUAUGAGUUAUAUCAGCUCAGGGGAUGCGGAUGGAAAGCUUUACAUAUGGGACUGGAAAACGACAAAGUUAUACAAAUCCUUCAAGGCUCACGAUGAUGUGUGUAUAGCAACGUUAUGGCACCCUCAUGAGACGUCAAAGGUUGUCACGGCUGGCUGGGAUGGUGUGAUUAAGUAUUGGGACUGAGACGCCACCUUUGAGACGUUGAGUUAUUCUUGCCAAGUCGUGGUCAAUGUUGCUGUCACUCAGUGCAUCAUGUGCUGAAGUUCUGGCCAUCCUGACUUGAGUAUGCAAAUGAAACCACAAGAGAUCUUGACCCCCAAACUGUUUAAGUCAUGAACAUUAUGAUGCCAUCAUGUGAAUAAUCUGUUCAUUCAGGGAGGAAAAAUUCAUGAAGCACAUGGCCGAAUGAAGGCCUAGUACAGUAGACACUACAUGUAUGAGAUAUGCUUCCUUCUGGUUUGAACUUGAGGUUAGCUGGAAAGUGCAUUUGAAAAAUUGUAAAUGUUUUGUAUACAGUAUUGUAAAUAAUACCAAAUAAACUUUUUACAUGAAA